UUGAAGGAACGCUGGCUAUUCACAGUUAUUGAAGAUGACACAGGCAAUGCGAGAAAAUUCCGAAUGCACAAACAAUCCAAUACAUCACAACCUUACAACAUUCAAGCUACCUUUACGGCCCUGUACAGAUUUUUAACUGAUCAACCCGAACUAUUCGAAAUAUCAUUGUCAGACGAAGCCCUCGAACGAUAUUUCCAACUUUCCGAAGAGAUGGAGCAGUUAAAAAAAGACCGACAUGUCAAAAUUCGCGAAAAAAAGAUGACCUCGUUUACUCAGAGUUAUGCGAAGCUGAAAGAAAUGGUGUUAAAACUUGCUUUGAUACUACAUGUGCUAGAACGCGCUCUUCAAAGUUUCAAUGAAACCGGAACCAUCGAUAUUCCACAGCAGAUCUCCUUAAGUACUUUCGAACACGCCAUCAAGUAUGCGCAAACAAGUCAGCAGGUUUUGAAAAUAUUUUCCAACGAAAAUGUCCCAACAACUGCAGAAGGUGACAUGCUUCUGCUGUAUGGCAACCUACUAACAACUCAACUGGUGUCGGAAGCAACACGCUACAGGAACUGCUACCCUUUUGCAGAAAAUGAGAAAUUCGUUCAGUUUGCAACAACACUUCAACAGCAAGGCUUAGGUCAUCUUGAGAAAGUCCAGUACAAAAAAGGAAAUGCUACCUUCAUGACAUCUGUUGAUGUUUUCUUCAAAGCACCGCCUUCAGAUUCCAUUGCUUCACUUCUUGCUACUCAUAGCAUUACAUUAAAUGACUAUGCAGAAGCCUACAACGCUAAGCACAAAAUGCGACCAUCAAAAAGGAAAUACCUGAACCACCUCAUACAGGCAUUAGAUGAAUUUGAUCCAUACGUCACACGUGUCACCAUACUGCGGAAUUCCGAAGAGGUGGAAGAACAACACGAAACCGAAGAUGACCGUUUUCUUUGUAACGAAGCCGAUACUGACAGCAUCACCUCAGAAACGAAAAGCGACGGCUUGGAAACAAUCAUUCAGGAUUUUGAAAAAGACGAGUUCCUUCCAACCUGCGAUUUUGAAGAUGUACAUGAACGAAAUACCGAACCAGCGACGCCGGCGAAGAAAGCGAAGCUCGUGUGA